AUGUGGAGGCUCAAGUUGUGGAGGGCGUUGCUUAACAUUAAGAAGCUGCGGCGGCGGCGGCGGUUGAGUGGCGGCGUGCCGGGGGACGUGAAGAAGGGACAUUUCGCGUUGGAGGUGAAGAAUAGUAACGGCGGCGACGAAGUGACGACGACGAGAGUUGUGGUUCCGCUGCGGUGUUUGAAGAAUCCCCAGUUCGUGAGGCUGUUGGAUCAAGCCGCCGACGAGUACGGGUUCCGGUGUCAAGGUACCGUCACCGUCUGCUGCCGGCCGGCCGACCUGGAAAGGGUCUUGGCUUUGUGCUAA